AUGUGGUGCCAGCGUUCGGACCGGGUCUACGUCACCAUCAAGGUGGCCGACUGCGUCCGGGCGGCUGUGCACGUCAACGAUGGCGAGCUCAGCUUCAGCGGCCACGGCCACGGCGCGCGCGGCACGCGCGACUACGCGCUCUCGCUGCGGCUGGCCGGCGCGGUCGUUCCCUCCCGCUGCUGCUGGUUCGUGUGCGGCCCGUCGGUGCGCGUGCGUCUCGAGAAGGAGGCGGCGGGACCAUACUGGGACAGCCUGAUGGUUGGCGUCAAGCCGCCGCAGUGCAAGAUCGACUGGCAGUCCUGGAUCGACGAGGACGAGGAGUGCGAGGUGUCCGCGGCGCCGAGCGGCUUCGAGGCGAACGACCUCCAGAUGCAGAUGGACCUCAAGUACGGCCGGCCCGCCCGGGAGCUGAGCGAGGAGGAGGAGGGGCUGGUCGCCGGCGCCGGCACGUUGCGGCAGCGCCUCAAGGAGCAGAAGCGCGCCGAGCGGCUGUACUGGCUGGCGCACCACCAGAUGAGGCCGCAGGAGAAGGACACGGCCAAGGCGCGCGCGGCGGCGAACCGCGCGGCGCAGGACGAGCUGGCCCGCCACGUGUCAAGGCUGAAGCAGGUUGGCGUCGACGCGCUCGUCGGCGACGAGAGCCGCAGGCGGAGUGCUGCGUACACUGAGGUCGGGUACAAGGACGCGGCGCCGAUUGCUGAGGACGACGAGAUUGCCCUCGAGGAGAAUGAGGAGCGGAGCGAGGAGCUGCGGCUCGAGGAGAACACCGAGCUCGCGGAGGGGCAGGCGGAGGGAGUCGACGAGUCGGAGGACUCGCUGCAGCUCGAGGAGAACAUGGAGGGGCUCGAGGGAGGCCCGCCGGCUGUGUUAGUCUGAAUGGGAGAGAGAACGCGGCGCGCGGCCCGCCGCGCACGCGUUUCAGCACAUACGUGUUGGAUCCUAUUCACACAAUCGGUGUGGCGCGCCGCGGCCCGCGGCCGCGCGUUGCUGUCCGGCACCAACUUGAUUCGUAGAUGCGCGUCUCCCCCUCCGCCCUAUGUGCCGCCACCCCCCUCCAAUCCGUAAUUCCGUAAAAUCGCGUGAAAAGCGCC